AUCCAUGCAGCUGAACGAGACGAACGCGUUGGAGACGCUGAACGGCCUCACGUCUGGGAUGCAGAGCGAGGAGAACCUGUCCGGAGACGAAAUCGAAACCAUCGUGGAGUUUUUGGGUCCCCUGCUGGAUGCCUUCCUCGACGGUCUGGAGGGCGGCUUGGGGGACUCGUCCGACCCGCUGGAGUUUCUCCGGAGUCUGACCGUGGCCGUGGAUCUCACCCUGGAUGCGUUUCAGGGGUGGCUCGAUAUCGCGACGGGGAACCGAAGCGUGACGUUCUCCUCGCUGACGGAGACGAUGGCAAGGGCGGGACUCGAGGUCGCUUUUUUCAUGCUCGAGCGAUUCGAGGUGGAGCUGGCUUUCAACAUGUCCCGGAAGCAUCUCGUGGUGGAAGCCUGGGGGAAGCCGAAGGACUCGGGUUCCUUCGUCUUCCCGAACGGGAGGGGCCACACGUACGCGGUUCUUCCGGAUGGUUUCCAGGAUCAACUGGGAGGAGGAGUUCACUACUUCGUCGUCGGCGUCCUUUAUAGCGUCGAUGACUUGAAUGAGCUUCUACCUGGAGAUAGAGCCUCGUUUGGGGGAAAGAAGCGGACGAACUCUUUGGUGCUAAGCCUCGCCGUGAGGAACGAUCGGCCGUUGGAGCUCCAUGACCCUCUAAGGCUCACGUUCCGGAACGAGGAGCCGGCGAGCGAUCCGCCUUAUCGGGAGGUCUGGCGGGAACUGCACGAGGGGGAGCGUCCGACCUUCGCCAAGAGAAGUCAUCGGUGCACCUUCUGGAACGUGGAAGACGAACACUGGGACGAUGAGGGGUGCCGGGCGGUUUCCUCGAACAGGGACGAGACGGUCUGCGAGUGCGGACAUCUCACCAACUUCGCAGUCCUCAUGGAUCUUCACAGCUACGUCGGACGAAGUACGGCACUGGAGGCGUCGACCAUCUCGCUCUCGUGUCUUUCCAUCGUCGGCCUCGUCCUCGCCCUCGUCACCUUCUUCACGACCGAUGCCAAGUUCGUACUCGCCUUUGGCCGUUUUCAAAUCUCGAUCGUGCCUUUUUGUCCUCGAUUUCCCGCGUACGUGGAGCAGAAACGCGGCCAGGUCGAGAGUGCUGGAGUUGAACAAACACCUGUGCCUCUGCCUCCUGGUGGCGCUUCCGUGCCUUCUCCUCCUGAUGGACCGACGAUUCUUCCAUUUCUCUCAGGUUGUGCCGCGUCCGGAGUGGUGCUCCAUUAUCUGUUCCUCAGUGCGUUCACGUGGAUGGCAUUGGAGGGGAUGUUCGUCUACCGCCAGCUGGUUCGCGUCUUCCCCACCGGCGUCAACAUCCCGGUGUGGACGUAUCUGCUUGCUGGAUACGGCUUGCCGGGCCUCGUCGUCCUCGUCACCAAGGCCGUCUCCUUUCUCACUGAUGCAAGAGGAUACGGAGACGGGGAAUUGUACGAUUUCACUUUUUCGUGUCGCCCCAAGCAAUGCGGUACGUCCAUGGCGGCCCUUGGUAUCCUUUGCAGCUGCUGGUUGUCGUCGCCGCAUUACAUCUGGGCGUUUGCCGGGCCCGUUCUCGUGAUCGUGGUGGCCAACACCAUCUUCAUGAUCCUGGCCUUGAGAAAUGCCACAGGGAGUGGGAACGUGGGUCGGUCCGUCCGGAGACAAAGCAGGUCGGUUCGGUUCCGCCUGGAAUCCUUGCGACUUUAUCGGUAUGCAUUCUUGGCCCUGAUGCGUGAGCUUGCAGUUGAUGCCGCUCUGCACUCUGGCAACAUUUUCAAGUUCUCGCGGCCGUCCUACUACCGCGACCCUGACAUUGGGGCUCGUCGCUUCGUGAAGUCGACCUUCACCCUGACUUGUCUGCUCGGUAUCGGCUGGAUCUUCGGCUUCUUCUACAUGGAAGUCACGCCCGUCUUCGCCUACGUCUUCACGAUCCUGAACGCAUCCCAGGCAAGACCGCUCGGGCGACUGGAGCAUGCACUCCGGCGGGGCGUGGGGGAGGGGAUGCUCACGGCAAAAGCCGCAACCGAUUCGGGGGACGCGAGUGGACCCGUCCCCGCGACCCUCGUCACGCCUCAGUCUUCCUAG